AUGGCUGCGCACAGUGUCGAAGCGGCCACUAAGGCUGACAUUAUUGCACCCUCCCUGUACCAAAACAUCUUCCAUCUCGAACAACUCCGGAAGACUUCAAGCAGUCCAGCUGAGACGAAGCAGCAUAACGUGGAUGGUGAAUGCGAGUCCCUCGACAAAAGUCACUUGACUGACCUGGAAAGCGGAGCUUCUUCAUUACAAGAAGACGACGAUACCGGGACUGACCCUAAAUUACUUUACGGCCAAACCACAGCAAACGACUGGUCCAGUCAACCGCGUGAGAACAGCAUCGCCGACGUCACGGUGUCCAACGGGAGUGGUGGUGCCACACCUAGUGGCAUCCGGAAAGCCCGACGUGCUCGUACAGCCUUCACCUACGAACAACUGGUGACUCUAGAGAAUAAGUUCAAGUCUACACGGUACUUGUCUGUAUACGAGAGACUUAAUUUAGCACUGUCUCUCAACCUUACUGAGACGCAAGUAAAAAUUUGGUUCCAGAAUCGACGUACAAAGUGGAAGAAACAGAAUCCCGGGAAAGAUGUCAAUAGUCCUACAGCUUACAGUCCACCGACAGUCUAUUCAGGUGGCAAAAAUACGAGUAAUCCUGGAAACACAGGAGCGUUUCCUAACCAAGAUUUUAUUGCCCCUUACCUCCAAAAUGCACAAACCUUUUCCGCACAACGACCUCCAAGUGAAACAGGAGUUAGAACGUCCUCACCCAAAUCAGAAGAAUCUGGGAAAACUGUAGCCGACGACAUGCGUCCCUUCAUGCAAUCACAGUACAUUAACGUAGUCGAGUCUUAUUCCUCCACUUCUCAAAAGAGUAUGCCAUCUGCCCUAAGUGAAGAACCAACUUUUAGAGACCACUCUGGGUCUGAGUUAGUUGAAAAAUCCCAUUUACUGGAGUCCAUGCCAUCAGUACCUGAAUCGUCGCCUGGUCAGACCGACAGCCAGGCAACGUUUCUUCUGAAAGCGGCUUCGAUUGCCGCAGCAGCCAUCGCCUCAGUGAAGAACGACGACUUCUCAGGGAUGGUGGAUGGAAUGCCGUCACUUCUGCCUCCUCCACCGCUGAUAAAUUGGCGUGACCUUUUCUCACCAGAGACAAUAGCUCCGAUGUUUUGCCAGCCGUGGUAUCUUGCUGCAACCGCUUUGUCAUCAUUGAAACAGGAUCGCGUAUCAAAUUCUGCUGCUGGCAACGUAGGCGGUGGCAACGGCGGGAAUUCUGUGACACAGCCUCCAACCCCCGUCUUCAAUUGGUCAGGAUGCUGA